AUGACUCCAAACAGAAAUCAACAACAACAUUUACCGCCACCACCACAACAACUACCACCUCUUACACCUCCUCAAAAACGACAACAAAAGCAACAACAGCAGCAGCAGGUAAUACUACAAUUACAACAGCAGCAACCGGAAAAUACUGAUAAUGAUCAAGGUAUUUAUGACGAUUUUGGGCCCAGCAAUGUUUCACAACAAACGUUACCCCCACCGCCACAACAACUACCUCCUCUUACGCCUCCACAAGAACGUAAACAACAACAACAGCGGCAGAGUGUUGACAGUGUUGACAAUGGUCAAGGUAUUUAUGACGAUUUUGCUGCAGACAAUAUUGAACAGCAACAAUUACCACCAGCGCCAAAACAACAACCACCUCCAACACCACCGAAGAAAAGACAACAGCAACAACAAACGCAACAAAACACAGACGUUGGUGGAGAAGAACUGUACGAACUAAUUCCUGGCGACAACAGUCAACAAGAAACCCAACCAACUACGCCAAACGAAGAGGAACUUUAUGAGGUUAUUCCUGCAGACAAAAUUGAACAACAACAACAACAACAACAACAACAACAACAACAACAACAACAACAACAACAACAACAACAACAACAACAACAACAACAACAACAACAACAACAACAACAACAACAACAACAGCAGCAGCAACAGCAGCAGCAACAACAACAACAACAACAACAACAACAACAACAACAACAACAACAACAACAACAACAACAACAACAACAACAACAACAACAACAACAACAACAACAACAACAACAACAACAACAACAAAAGAAACAUAAAGAAAAGAAAAACAAAAAGAGUCUUCCAGAUUUGCGUGUAAAAAUUAAUAAACAGAAAAAAGAGAAAAAGCAACAACAACAACAACAACAACAACAACAAAUACAGCAACAAUUGCCGAAGCAAAACGAAGAACUUUCAAAAUACAAAGCAGAUAACAAGAAUGUGGAAAAUACCUUGAACGAAAUGUCUAAAGAAAGUUCUGAACAACAGAAUGACUCGCUUUGGAAUUUUGAAGAACAUGUUCAUGGCUUGCAAGAUGUUACUCAAGAGGGAAAUUUGAGUUUUACACAAGGCAAAGAAGAUUUAGAAUUAGAAUUGAAAGUAGAAGAGGGAAGCGAUGUCUGUGUUAGUGAAGAGAACAAAUCUGAAACCGUUUGUUUUGGAAAUGGAACAGUUGUUACUAAUAUGUCACAAGGUAGGCCAUAAUAAUUGUUGUGUUUUACAAUAAGCUGUCGUGGUUUGUGUCUGAACUACCUGAAAAAGAUAUCUCAAACGUGGUGGUUCAGUAUAGGUAUAGACUAUAAUAUUCUACAAUAUAAAGCUAUCGUGGUUUGUGUCUGAACUACCUAAUUAUUAUCAGAACUAUUGACACGUAUUGGAGCAAACAUUAUAACUACAGCUACCAUUGAAUAAUUCCAUGCUAUAGACAAAUUUUUGAUUGAGACAGGAAGAAUGAAAUCCAUUGCCAUAGCUGGAAAGAGUAUCUUAAAAUGAGUGAAAUUGCAAAGUUUAGUUGCGAAUUGUUGUAAAAUGAGGGAAAUUUUGUAUAUAUUUUUGUUAUAUAGUAGAGAGUGAGAUACUGAAAAAUACACAGUGAGAUAUUUUCCAUAUCUUCGCUAGUGAAGAUAUCGAUCACGUGACUUUUAGUGUAUAUACAAUUUUUUAUUUGGGACUAUAUAAUAAACAGAACAUUACACGGUGGCUUGAAGAUACGACUUUUAUCUUCUCGUGUUAAAAACAUUAGUUUACUGCACUCGCUGCGCUCGUUCGUAAAAUACUGUUUUCACCACUCGAAGAUAAAUAUGUAUUACGCGCGUGAAAAUAACCAUUUUUGAGCCGAAAGUGGUUAUUUUUACCGCGCGUAAUACAAAUAUAUAGGCCUACAAAAUUUGCGAAUUUCACAGGGCUAUUUUUUCUUCAUUUUACAAUAUUUCGCAACCAAUCUUUGCAGUUUUACUCAUUCUAAAACUAGCUGUGGUGUUGGAUUUCGUUCUUCUUGUCUUGAUCAAAAUUUAGUCUUUGGCUGGAAUCACCCAUUCCAUAUGUGAUCCCACUAGAAAUGAAAAGAACUAACAUUAUUUUCUGACUCAAAUAACUGCAGGACGACUACCAUCUGCUGCACGAUAGUGCUUAGUGAAUCCACGCGCUUAUAUAUCAUAUAGUUGAACUACCAGGGAAACUUGCCUGUGUCGUCUGUGCUGACUGCAUGACACAACAUUAGAAGUAGAUAGUAGCCUAUCAUGUAAAUGCGAUUACACACUAGCUUUUUCUUGAACUUUUAAUGCCGCUUAUAAAAUCGAGCUCAAGCUUGACUAGCAACGUCAAGACAGCAAAGACGAUAUCACACUAUAACCAUUCGUCUGUCUCUUAAUACCGUGUUUGCAUUUAACAACAUUUGCCUGCUCCCUUAACAUCAUAUAGUGCUCUUUAUACAAUUUUGCCACAGAGGCAGGGCAUUUUUUAAGUAUAAUAAGUUUAAUAACUACUGCAUGGGGCAUUUAUCCCAUGCAGUAGGCCCUUUGCUUGCCCCAGUAUAGUGAAGCAAUAUUUUCAGAUGAGCUGGGCUCUUACGAUCAUUAGUAAAAGGUCAUCCUUGUUGAAAAAGCUGCAGCCUGCUUUCUCAUAUCCUCUCACAUUCUCGACAUUCCAUCGUAUACUUGGCGUAAAGCAUGAUAUUCACGUAUACGCGCAUAAACUGUGUGGGGAAUAUAUUAACUAUGGUG